AUGGACGCGCAGGAGCAGGAGCAGGACAGCGGACCGCUGACGGUGGUGCUCGGGUGCUGGACAGUGGUGCUGGCGCAGGUGCCACCAGAGGGGGGCGGCGGUCACCCCACGCUGAAGGUGGACGUGCGGCUGGGCAAGGGGCUGGGCCAGGCCUCCCCUGCUCAGGUCUUGUUCAGGCGAGUAGUAGAAGAUGAAGAGCUGGCAGGCCCUUCCUGCGUCAAGGCCAAAGAAGCAACGUCGCCUGUGGUGGAAAGGGAAGAAGGAGUAGACCACCACGGUGAGACGGUGAGAGCAGAGCCUACCAUCACGCCAACCAUAGCAACUCAGCGCGCAGACGACGCUGCCUUGUCGGGGCUGCACAUCAACGACCUGCCGCAGGAGGUGCAGCAGCACAUCCUCUCUUUCCUGGGUCCCGCCGACUUGGUCCUUCGUGCGGGGCUGACGUCUCAGCAUUGGCGACGGUUGACCGAAGAUGCGGCCAUGUGGCGCGCGCUGCAUGCUAAAAUCUUUGGCGGCCCACCAGUGCCGGCCACCCGACUCAAGAUGAGCGGCAGGGCGCCAGUUUCGUGGUUUCAGUCGUUUCGUUACCUGUUCAAGGGGCAGCGCAAUGCCCAAAGCGAGCAGCAACAGGCGUUGGCAGCCAAGCGCGACGCACUGCAAGCCGCCCUCGCCCACGAGCAACGCCAAUGGGAGCUGCGCAAACGGAAACAUGAGAACUCGCUCAGCAUCAUCACCGACGCGCUCAAUUCACAAUACGCCCAAGAGUCGCUGCGUCAUGCGUGCAAGUACGGCAGCAUCGUGGUGGUGCGCAGAAUACUCGAAGAGUCGCGCGACCUCCUCAACGCGUCCCUCAACUUCCGAAGCCAGACAGCGCUCACCAUCGCCGCUCGCUAUGGCCAAGCCGAGGUGGUCCGCUACCUGCUGGACCUCGGAGCCGAGGCCGACGACCACGCACUUUCCCUGGCCGUGGACAAGGGGCACAACGAGGUGGCUCGCUUGCUGAUAUCCCGCGGCGUCGAUCCCAAGGACAACCCUGAGCUUUUGCUGGAUCACGGAGCCGGACAACACGUCAAUGUGGUCUCCGGCACCGGAACCCGGGUGUCGCUGCCGCUGCAUGUCGCCGUGACGAAGGGCCACCACGAGAUGGUGAAGCUGCUGCUGGCUCACGGAGCCGACCCCCGCCUCCAGUCGCGGGACGGGCGAUCGGCGGUGGACUUGGCCCAGAGCAAUGGCGCCAUCCUGGCAACCUUGCUCGAGCACGAACAACAAGCCCCGGCAACAGCUACAUUACACUGA